AUGUCUUCUGUAUAUUUCGGAGCCAAAGGUGGCGGUGGCGGUGCAGGCGCUCAGUCUACAUACGUUGGUGUAGGCGGAGGAGGUGUGCCGAAAGCAGUCUCUCCUGGUGGAGCCGGUAUGGCUGGAGCACCCGCCGGCGGUGUGGGCGCGCAAUCGACGUACUUCGGUGUUGGUGCAGGAGGCGGUGGAUCAGGAGCACAAUCGGCUUAUUUUGCCGCUACCCCAACAGCAGCUGGAGCUCCGCCUGUUGUUGCUGUUAAUCCACCCGCAGGAGCAGUUCCCGGAGCAUCUACAAUGACCGCCGUUGGUGGAGCACCUUGUGCAACACCUGGAUCAACCAUGACAGCUGUUUGCCCUCCACCAGGAGGACGAUCGACGAUGACAGCGAUAGGAGCACCUGCAGGAGGAGCUCCUUCGACUAUGACGGCUAUGAGUCCACCGCCAGGAGUGGCAGUGUGUCCACCACCAGCUGCAUCAACGAUGACUGCCAUUGGUGGAGUACCCUGUACAGCACCAGGACCAGGAUCAACUAUGACAGCUAUUGGCGCUCCAGCAGGAGGACGAUCGACGAUGACAGCGAUAGGAGCACCGGCGGGAGGAGUUCCUUCGACUAUGACGGCAGUGAGUCCACCGCCAGGAGUGGCAGUGUGUCCACCACCAGCUGCAUCAACGAUGACUGCCAUUGGUGGAGUACCCUGUACAACACCAGGACCAGGAUCAACUAUGACAGCUAUUGGCGCUCCAGCAGGUGGACGAUCGACAAUGACAGCGAUAGCAGCACCUGCACGAGGAGCUCCUUCGACUAUGACGGCAGUGAGUCCACCGCCAGGAGUGGCAGUGUGUCCACCACCAGCUGCAUCAACGAUGACUGCCAUUGGUGGAGUACCCUGUACAACACCAGGACCAGGAUCAACUAUGACAGCUAUUGGCGCUCCAGCAGGUGGACGAUCGACAAUGACAGCGAUAGGAGCACCUGCACGAGGAGCUCCUUCGACUAUGACGGCAGUGAGUCCACCGCCAGGAGUGGCAGUGUGUCCACCACCAGCUGCAUCAACGAUGACUGCCAUUGGUGGAGUACCCUGUACAACACCAGGACCAGGAUCAACUAUGACAGCUAUUGGCGCUCCAGCAGGUGGACGAUCGACAAUGACAGCGAUAGGAGCACCAGCAGGAGGAGCUCCUUCGACUAUGACGGCAGUGAGUCCACCGCCAGGAGUGGCAGUGUGUCCACCACCAGCUGCAUCAACGAUGACUGCCAUUGGUGGAGUACCCUGUACAACACCAGGACCAGGAUCAACUAUGACAGCUAUUGGCGCUCCAGCAGGAGGAACCGGUGCAUCAACGAUGACAGCAGUAGGAGCACCUGCUGGUGGUACGGGAGCUUCGACAAUGACGGCUAUUGGUGGUGCACCUGCAGGGCGUUCGACAAUGACCGCAAUAGGAGGAGCACCAGCGGCUGGGGCGCCAAUGGCAUCAGCGCCACUUCCUGGAGGUGGCGGUGCUACAGGACAAUCUGCAUAUUUCGGAGUCGGCGGUGGAGGAGGAGGAGGAACUCAGUCUGCUUAUUUUGGCGCAGGAGGAGGUGGUGGAGGUGGUGCAGGUGGCAGCGUGCCAGCAGCAAAGCCCGGGGCUCCGGGAAUACCAGGACAAUCAGCUUACUUCGGCGUUGGUGGUGGCGCUGCUGCAGGAGCAGGAGGUGCCCAGUCCGCUUACUUUGCAGCUAAAUAA